AUGGAAGGAAACCUCCCAGCGUCUGCGUGUGGCGUACCCCGGAACCAGCCCAGCACCAGCCGUGUGGUGAACGGGGACGAAGCCCGACCCUACAGCUGGCCAUGGCAGGUCUCUCUGGAGUCUUUCUUCCCGACCUGCGGUGGAACACUCAUUGCUCCUGACUGGGUCCUGACUGCUGCACACUGCAUCACAUUCCACACACACAGGGUGGUGCUGGCUGAGCAUGACAUGAACAGGGAGGAGGGACCUGAACAGUCCAUUAUGGUGGAAACAUUUUUCAUUCAUCCCAAAUGGAACAACAACUGUGUGUCUUGUGGGAAUGACAUUGCCCUGUUGAAGCUGGAGAAGAGCGCUGUCAUCAAUGAGAAGGUUCAGCCGGCCUGCCUGCCGCUCCAUGGUGCUGCUCUCGCCCCCGACCAGCCGUGUUAUGUCACAGGCUGGGGUCGUCUCUACUCUGGAGGUCCACAGGCGACUACACUACAGAAGGCUCUGCUUCCUGUUGUGGAUCACAGCAUCUGCAAACAGAACAGCUGGUGGGGCAGCUCAGUGAAGACGACAAUGGUGUGUGCAGGAGAGAGAGAGCAAGUCAGCGGCGACUCGGGCGGCCCCCUGAACUGUGGGGUCGAGGGAGUGACUAGUUUUGGGGACGGAUGUGGAUGUAAUACUCCUCAGAAGCCCACAGACUUUACCCGUGUGUCCUCGUUCAUCCCCUGGAUCGGCGAGACAAUGGCCCAAAACUGA